CGGUCAUGUGAUCAGCUGUGUCCAAUCACAGCUGGUCACAUGGGACAUGUACGCUGAUCAUCAAGCCCUGAUGAUCAGUGUGCCCUGAUGAUCUGUGUAGCCCCAGCAGUGCCACCUGUUCAUGUCCAGCAGUGCCAGCUAUCAGUGCUUAUCAGUGCCACCUGCCAGUGCCCAUCAGUGCCACAUUUCAGUGCCUACCAGUCUACAUCAAUGCCACAUAUCAGUGCCCAUCUGAGCUGCCUUUCAGUGUCACCCAUCAGUGCCAGUCAGUGCCACCUAUCAAUGCCAGUCAGUGCCACCUAUCAGUGCUGCCGAUCAGUG